CAAAGCAAAGGGAAGGGACUUCUUUUCCGUUUCCGCGGACUCGUUCAAAAAUCCUUUCCUUCUCGUUUCCUCUGCCUCUCUCUUCUGCUUGGGUUCCUGCAACAACCAGCAAUCGACAAAAGAAGCAAAACCAACGAACCUGGAGAACUCUUUUGUUCUCCCCUGAGAACAAUUUCAUUCCGCCUCCUACGCGUAACCACGCGUUGCCAUCGAAGCCUCACCACUCGAUCGUUUCACCGUCGUCUCCUCUCUGCAUACUCCGAUAUACUCUGACGCCCACUUGUUUGUGGUUGUAUAAAUACCAACUACCCAUCGGCAGCCCCUCACUCGUGGUAGUCUAUCUCCUCUCUUCGCCCUGCUCUCAGGCAGGGCAAUCAUGGACGCCGCCCGGCAGGAAAAGCCUUCUGCCUCUAUGAAGAAAAGGCCGGGCAUGUGGCAGUUCAUGCGCGCCGCCCUCUUCAUGCUGCGGAAGUGCGUCGCGCCGACGAAGCCGAAGGUGGUCGAGAAACGGAUGAUCGAGAACCUGGUCGGCGCGAUGAGGCCGCUGCACCACAAGAUCGACCAGCCCCCCGUCGUGGAGCAUCACGGUCUAGAGAACAAGCAGCAGAAGCUGCUUCAUGACGUCCGCCCGCCACCGCCUCUGCCGCGUAACGACGACGAAGAUGACGAUGACGACAUGUUCUCCAUCCCGCAGGACAGCCGUUACGCGUCGGCCGACAACCUCCUGGAAUUGGACGAGAGCCAGGGCGAGAGGAACGGCGAACCCAAUGCCAUCGACAUGAAGGCCGAGGAGUUCAUCGCGAAAUUCUACGAGCAGAUAAGGUUGCAGCGACUGGAUUCGAUCAAUCGAUGCGAGGAGGUGGAGGCGCGACCCACUUGAUCCCUUUGACUGCAUGGCAUGAGAUCAUAAGCCUCUGCGUGCAACAAUAAGAAUAAAAGGGUUGAGUCCGUUCCCUUCGCUGCAACGGAUGGUAGUGCAGAUUCUUUAUUGCUUGCUUCCUUUCUUUCAUUCUUUUUUCCCCUUUUCCUCUGUUAAUGUUCAAUUUUUGAGUAGAAGCAGCUGCAAUGAGAAACCGUUGAUUGUUC